AUGGAGGAAUUAUCACAGAGUUGGAUGAAACUAUCAUUAUCGGAGAGAGAAGGACCGGGAUGUCAAUUAGAAGAAGAAUUCAUCUCGAACGAACAUAUCAUUGCAGCUAAGUUUCUCACAAAAAGGGCUCUUAACACUGAGGCCAUUGCAAAAACGUUCACUCCACUAUGGCGUUCAAGAAAUGGUUUCAAGAUUAAAAAUUUGGGAGAUCAUGUGGUACUGUUCAUUUUUGAAAGCGAAACUGAAGUAGAGAAAGUCCUCAAUGCCGAACCAUGGUGUUUUGAUAAGCACUUGGUAAUAAUGCAAAAAUACGAUAAGAGUAGGGCCUUGGAGGAAUUGAAAUUUGAGAAGACUCGCUUUUGGGUACAAGUCCAUGGACUUCCCUAUAAGUUUAUGAAUACUAAGGCGGCGGAGAAAAUCUGUGAAGUUGUUGGACAAGUGAUUCAUUCUAAUGAUCCAACUGAAACGGAGGGAAGUAAUUUCAUGAGAAUCCGUGUGGAGAUGGACAUAUCACUACCUCUUUGUCGUGGUAGAGUGGUGUCUAUGGAGAAUGGUAAGAAAUCCUGGGUAACUUUUAAAUACGAGCGCCUUCCCAACAUUUGCUAUUGGUGUAGUAGAAUGAAUCACACAGACCGUGAUUGUGGAAUUUGGCUAGAUAGCGAUGGUAGCUUAGAAGAAACACAAAAGCAAUUCAGGCCAUCACUACGUGCUCCACCCUUUUUCCCGUCCAAACGAAAUGUGGUGGCUAUCCCCGGAUUUUUCAGUCAAAAACGAACAGCCCAAAACGUGUAG